AUGGUCACCAAGGUUGGAAUCAACGGCUUCGGUCGUAUCGGUCGCAUUGUCUUCCGUAAUGCUGUCUCUCGCGAUGAUGUCGAGGUUGUUGCCGUCAAUGACCCCUUCAUUGAGACCCACUAUGCUGCCUACAUGCUCAAGUAUGACAGUACCCACGGUCAGUUCAAGGGUACUGUUGAGGUUUAUGAUGAGGGCCUCAUUGUGAACGGCAAGAAGGUCCGCUUCUUCGCUGAGAAGGACCCCGCUGCCAUCCCUUGGGGUGCCAGCGGCGCUGCCUACAUCGUCGAGUCUACUGGUGUCUUCACCACCACCGAGAAGGCCUCUCUCCACUUGAAGGGUGGUGCCAAGAAGUCGGACGUCAACGUCCUCUCCAACGCCUCUUGCACUACCAACUGUCUUGCGCCCCUUGCCAAGGUUAUCAAUGACAAGUUCGGUAUCAUUGAGGGUCUCAUGACCACUGUCCACUCCUACACCGCUACCCAGAAGGUCGUCGAUGCUCCCUCCGCUAAGGACUGGGGAGAGAACAUCAUCCCCAGCUCCACCGGUGCCGCCAAGGCUGUCGGCAAGGUCAUUCCAGCCCUCAACGGCAAGCUGACUGGUAUGGCCAUGCGUGUGCCCACGUCCAAUGUCUCCGUUGUCGACCUUACCUGCCGCGUUGAGAAGUCUGUCUCCUAUGAUGACAUCAAGAAGGCCAUCAAGGAUGCUUCCGAGGGCGAGCUCAAGGGCAUUCUCGGCUACACUGAGGAUGACGUUGUCUCCUCUGACCUGAACGGAGAUGACCACUCCUCCAUCUUUGAUGCCAAGGCUGGUAUCGCCCUCAACGACCACUUCAUCAAGCUCGUCUCUUGGUAUGACAACGAGUGGGGUUACUCCCGCCGUGUCGUUGACCUCAUCUCCUACAUCUCCAAGGUCGAUGGCCAGUAG